AUGGUGCUCCCAUUGUGCAAGGCACGAUACAAACCCAGAACAGUAAACCUUGUCCCAGGACUUUACAGUAAACAGACCAGAAUACUUCAGCCGACCUUGAUUUCUCACCUGACAACUUUCCUCUCUGCUUUAGCUCAUAUCCCAACGGUUGGAAGCCACUGGUGCUAUCAGUCACAGAAGUAUGAAGAGCCACACUGUGCAGAUCCUCGAGAAUGGUAUAAAACAUACACUACCUGCAAAGGAAACAAACAGUCACCUAUCAAUAUUGUCACCAAAAACGUCGUUUAUGACAAGAGUCUUAAGCCACUGAAUUUUGAAGGAUAUGAUUCGAAGGGGUCUUCAAAAUGGAAUAUAGAAAAUAAUGGCCAUACAGUUAAAGUAACAUUAAGUACAUCCCCUAAAGUUGGAGGUGGAGGUCUGAAAAGAAAAUACAAGGCAGUAGAAUUUCAUUUGCACUGGGGAGUCGAAGGCGUGCCGCUGUACCUUCCCGGGUCAGAGCACAGCAUAGAUGGAGAAAAACAAGCCAUGGAGCUUCACAUUGUCCACAUAAGAGAAGAUGUUUCGGAUCUAACAGAAGCAAAGAAAAAUGCAGAUGGUGUGGCUGUGUUAGCAUUCUUUAUAAAGGUUGAAGAAGAAAAUAAAAACUAUGGAACUCUAAUAGAUGAAUUGAAGAAUGUUAGAUACAAAGGGCAGACAGCACAGAUGGAGCCUGUGCCACUGAGUUCCCUCCUCCCCCCUGAGGAAGACCUUGGAAAGUACUAUCGGUACGAAGGCUCCCUCACCACUCCCGACUGCUACGAGGGUGUCACCUGGACAGUGUUUGAGAAGCCAAUUGAGCUCAGCGUUUUCCAGAUUUCUCAGUUCUCAACAGUUCACUUUGAUGGGAAGAACUCAACGCACAUGGUUGAAAAUUUCCGGCCUGUUCAGCUUCUGAAUGAACGAAAGGUGUACUGGUCCAGUGCCAGCAUCCUCCUGCCUACUGCUAAGGUUUUAACGUUGGUCCCGAUCCUUACGUACAUCCUGAGUUCUCUUUUCCAAUGA